AUGCACAUAUUUUUCUUUUCAAAUGUUUCUCUCUCUCUCUUUCUCUCUCUCUCUCUCUCUCUCUCUCUCUCUCUCUCUCUCUUCGCUUUGAGUAGGGGCAAUUAUAUUUGUAUCAAUGUAUAUGUAAUACUGUUGUUGGAUCUAUUGCAAUUGAUAUUUAGUGAAGGCAUGAGGACGAUGAAACGAAAUGAAGCUUUACCCCCCCCCCGCCCCCCGUGUGCUAAUCACAAUCAGUUUCUUGUCUUAGCUCCUUCUCUGUCUGCUUCUCAUUUUCUUGUCUUUUUUUUUUCUUUCGAUACAUACUUGCAAUUAUUCUCCACCUUCACACAAAAUGUAUCCUCCAAACCACCCAUUUCUUACCCCAUCCUACCAAUGCAGUUUUACUGCAGGCGAAAAGACGUCACGCAGCAACACUUGCAUCGUCUGCAGCUUAAUUUUAUGCAUUUAUUUUUUGCAAGUAGAUGCUAA